CACCACCACCUUUAAAUGGGAAGAGCAGGGGGGGUGAAGUGGUAUGUUCCUCUCACAGCUGCUGAUGCCAUCCAUCCUAAAAAUAGAGCCAACCACUCAGCCAGCCACACAGAAACACUGAACUCUCUCCGGUGAAUUCUGAACUCUGAAAGUCCAGAAGACCACAUUAUCUAUUGACAUCUCAGAUAUUUGCCAGUAAAAGGCAACGUUAACUCUACAAAAAGACAAGAUGCCAAAGAUUGUUAGACCGGAGAACUGCCAACCAGCCAGAACAUUAUGGUUUGACCGGAAAAAGUAUGUCACCAUCAACUUUGCGGUUCAAAACCCAAAAGAGGUUCAAGUAGACAUCCAGGACACUAAAAUCAUUCUAAGCUGUAAAGAUGUUGAUGACAACAUUAUCUACAACGAGAUUGAAUUUUACGACCGGGUAUUAAAAUCUGAUUCGAGGGAGAAGGUCUAUGAUCGUACUAUUAAUGUGUUGAUAAGGAAAAGGAAGGAAAAUGUGGCAUGGCCCCGACUCCAAAAAGAUCCAGCAAAGCCGGCGUGGCUGUUUGUAGACUUUGAUAACUGGAGGGACUGGGAAAAUGAGGAUGAAGAGGGCAUGGCAGAAUACGAGCAGUACAUUGAUAUGAUUAAUGAUUUGAAGCAGAAGGGAGAGCCACCUGCCAUGGAUGACCUGGAUGAUCUCAGUGACUGAGCUGAGUGCCAUGUCCCAUGAUGAACCUUCAACGUUUUCUAAAAUAUGAUGAGUACAAUAAAGGCAAGUUCACACUGCCACAACAAACAUAUAUUUCCAACGGUUCUUGAAUCGUUGUGUUUACCCUACUGCUGUUUGUUGGUGUUUGCUGGAGCAGUGCGAACACUGUAAAAAAUGCUGUGUCAGUUAACCUAAAAAUGUGCUUCAACUGGUUUUAUUUAAGUCAAUAUUUAAUAAUUUCAUAUAUUAGGUUACACCAAACAUAUUUUUUUACAGUGUAGCCUUAUUAAUAUAUAAACGUCCUUCUUUUAAACCUUUGCAUUUAUUCAAUUCUUUACCACCUUGCAAAUCUUCAUUGACGUGUAAGAAACAAAAUCAGAUUGUUUAGUGUAUUUGUUGUCUUUUCAUGUUGGGAAUGAAAAUGAAAGAUGUUUUGGUUACCUAUCACUGCCCACGUGUCAUGUGUAGUUAUUUUCCACCUUGCUGUACAUAGUUUCUCUGCGCUUACGAAGCUUUGAUAGAUAAUUCCUUGGAGCUGCAGCUGGUGCUGGGAUCGCCAGUCUUCGCCAGCACAGUUUAAGUUGAUGUCUAUUGUUGUAAAUAAAUCCUAUGAACUGU